AUGGAAUUUUCUGGGGUCUGUCUGUCUAUCUCUCUCUCUCUCCCCCCCCUCUCUAUCUCUCUCUCACUCUCUCACUCUCUUUCUCCCUCCCUCUCUCUCCCUCUCUUUCUCCCUCCCUCUCCCCCCUCCUCUCUCUCUCUCUCUCUCUCUCUCCCGAUGAGACAAUCCAGGUUAGGGGCCAUGUCUGUGGGCUCUUCUCUACGCUUCUUAAGGUUUAUAACUCUGAAUGUAGAAGACUCUGAAAGUAAUGGUCUUGGGGACGGUUUAAGAAUAAAUAAAUGUCUUUGCUGGAUGGAGGACGGGGGCCCAUUGUAGUUUUGGAUUUAUGGGCUCAGCCCAAUAUGGAAAAAUGGGCCGAUAUUCUAGGGCUUAGCCAUACGGCCCAUUAUAGCCACUAGAAAUAUCUGACGAGAUCGAUGGGGCCCAAUCUCCUGUUUGGCGUGUACGCCUCCUCUCUCUGUCCCUCUCUCUUCUCUGUGUCGAUGGUUUAUUGGAGACACUUGCACGCGGUUAACCUCACCGGGAGGAUACGGCACUCCGAGAACCCCCGCCACCCUGCCCAGUAAAAGCCGAAGUGGAAGAGAAGGUGAGAGACAUCAAUGGCGUCGCUAGCCGUUGGCUGUCGAUGGGGCACGACGACGCCCCUGGUACCCAGGCAUCGCAGAGCUCUAGCCUUCGGGAGGGGGCCUCCUGGCACCUUCGGUAAUCUCUUCCCUUGCUCGCUCUUGGAGCAUUCUGUCGAUUAUGCUGCUGAUUUGUGGGCGGCCAUACUCCCCGACUGAUGCCAUGAACUCUUGUACUCGCUUAAUUCCUCCCCUGAAGGUUCAAGGGUUAAUAGGGGACGCGAAAUCCCAUGUAAGAAGGCCCUGGAGAGGCGCUCUGUCGCUGGCUGUGCGGCCUUGGCCACAGGUAGCCUCCUCUCUCGAUGCGUAGUCUAAUUCUGUCCUCUGAAAUACGUAUUUGGUUGAAAACUGUGUAGGUUUGGCUUCAGUAGGGAGCUUGCUUGGGGCGGGCGCAGCGGACGCAUCGCCCUUGCAGCAUCUUCUGGUGUGUCCUCCUUGGGCUGCUUGCGUUUCAUUCUUGCAUACAAGCUUCCGUUUGCAGCAUGCUCGUUCUCUGAGAGAUUUUUUUUUUUAAAUUAGUGAAUUUUCUUUUGAUGAGUAAUUAUUUUGAAUAUUUUAUUAACUAUCAUCUUGUUCGUUAUGAGCAAAUGAGAAGUCACAAGACUUAUUAGCAAGCAUUCGUCAUGUAGUGCAUCGGAUGGGCUUGACAUAAGUGGGGAACCAAACUACACACACUCUAGCUCUAUUGAUGUUGUAAAGCUGCAAGGAUGAUCCUUAUUUUCCGUUUUCUCAUUGUGUUUUCUGGUAUGCCGCCCCAGUUUGGGCCAUUAAGAGAAGAAAGGGUUGAGAACAUAGAGGAGGAUCAAGGAAACUGAACAAUCAAUGGGACUAGUCUAUGGAAGGUUUGUCAUCCCAGUAGAUCAGAAAUAAAUGUUAUUCUAUAUUUUCCUGCUACUGGUCUCUGAAUUCGUGGCUUGUCAGUGUUAUGACUUCUGGCCUAGAUCUGAGUACUUGAGCUUUUUGCUAAGAAAACCUGGAUGUGGGAUUGUGCAUUGAGAUGGGGUCUGUUACAGUGAUGAGUAUUUCGAUGAAAUGUGAAUUUCGAUGCUUCUCAGAUUAAACCCAUUACAACUGAUAAUGCAAAGGGUCUUGAAACUAUCAGCUGUCCUUACGACCUUUUUUUGAUGAUUCAAGUAAAUAACAGAUUAAACAUCCUUUUCCAAGUAUUAAAAAUUAAUUUUUUUUUUUUAAUUGCUGACAAUCUAAUGCCUGUGAUUGAAAAUCUUCUCCAAUUUGGAAAAUAGCUGUCGAAUCCAUGUUGUCAAUUGGAAGUCUUUGAAAGCACACAUUUUUUCUAAGUUUUAUUUCAAGCUUUAUUUAUUAUGGUUUUCCUUUCCAAUCUGGUGCCAGGAAGUACAAACAUUCUCCAUAUUAGCGGAUAUGAGUGCAGGAGAUUGGCUCGGUGGUUUCUUAUACUCAGCUGGGCAACAGGCUAAUGAAGCUGUUCAGGACCAGUUGUCAGCCCCAACCAUCUCCAGGUUUCGUAUUCUUGCUGAUUUGAUUUCAUUUUUAGGUGAACCCUGUGAAAUUUACUUAUUCCUUGUUCCUUGGUCUCAUUCUCUCGGUUUUUGGAUGCACCUUGCAGUGUAGCUGUUAUAUUCGGAGCAGGGCUUGUCACAAGUCUGUCUCCUUGCACAUUAAGUGUUCUGCCAUUAACUCUUGGCUACAUUGGUAAGGGGGAAUUCUGGAAAUUAUUCUAUUUGCAAGCUAUGUAGAUACAUCUUAGUGCAUUAUUCUGCUGAUCGUUUUGGCGUCUCUCAUUUGAUUGGUCGGCAUUUGAACAGGAGCUUUUGGAUCGGGAAAGAGCCGAGUUGAGGUAAGUUGGGUUUUUUGAUAGUUUCUUUUCGCAGAAUGCUCGGAUGAGAUGAUUUCAUGACAUCUGCCAAGCUAUAGAAAUGCCUCAUUAGCUCAAUUUUUAUACACAACUGUUGGUAAUCAUGAAAACGUUCCCUCAUCCUAAUUGAAGGAUAAAAAAUAGAAAGUAUGUGUGGAAGUGUGUGAAUAUGUGUAUGUAUUAACAUAUAAAUAGAAAGUCAUAUGCAGGAAACUCCUCUUUCUCUCUUUCUCGCUUUCUGUUUGCAUAUCUAUUUAUAUGUGUGAAUAUGUAUAUGUAUUAAUAUAUCUAUAUCUAUGAUGGUGUGGUGAAUUAUUGGAAAGAAACAGCUACUAGGCAAUGGAACCCCACCUGCCUGAUUUUUAUUUAGUUAGUGAUACAAAACAAAAUGAGCACAUUGACUGGGAUGGUCUUCUCUGAAUACUCUUAAUUUGAGGACACAUGGAUUUGGUCUGUUACAAUUUAGGGGUUUUGUAGUUUAUUAAUCAGAUCUUAAUGAAAGAAUGUGAGUUUCCAACUCUCAAAAUGGAAUCUGUUCCAAACAUAUAUCCCAUGGUUCCUCACUUCGACCGGUUGAGAAUGUCUACCCUAUUAGUCAAGUUAGUUUUUCUGAUAUAUGGCUCUAGGAAUUUCUGUUACUUUCCAGUCGAAUCACUUUUUUGAUAAAUACGAGAUCUAAGUUGUGCGAGUAAAGAAAAAAUAUGCAUUGAUAAGAGAAAGAAAAAACGUGAUUGGAUAAUCGAAAUAUAUGGAAUAUUUGAUGUGGCCCUUUAGAUUGUCUAAUAUCUGUUUGAAUGGGGUAAGUGAUGCAUGGCCCUUGAAAAGAAUCACAGCUAGGUGAGGUUUGGGGGUUGUUUGCCCUGAACAUGGUGGAUGUUGGUGAUUCUGAUGUAUAUAACAAAUCAGAUCAUUUGAAGCCAGCCUUAUAAUCAUCAUAUCACGAUAAUUAUUCGAACUUCCAAAAUCUGCCGCAUAAAUAGUGCAAGAGAAGAGAGGAGAUGGAAUGCAGCGAAUUAUGUCUGGUUUUAAUAACUCAUCAUGGUAUGCUCUUAUUUGUUCCGUUCUUGGAGUCUCAAAACCUGAAAAUUAGCAGAAAGUUUAAUGUUGAGUAAAAUCACUAACAAGAAGAUAAUGAUCUUGUAAUUCACUAACUGGUUGGAGGAGAUGUAGGUGAAAGGAUGUUGGGACUAAGUCGAGGGCAUCUUGCUAAUAUUCUACCAGAAGAACGCAAGUCUAUUAACGCUGGCACAUACAGGAAGCUUUAUAUGCUGAGUGAUUAUCUGAGUCAAAGAAUGGUGAUGGGUAACCAUGAGAAAACCACCUCAAGGUCUGAAAAGUGUCAUGGUAUUGAACGGCAGUGGAAAGAAGAUUUCUGAGGUAUGUAAGCAUUUUGUUGUGGACGCAGUUAUUCCACUUUCAAAACAGCGAUGAUGUCAUUAGCCCAAAAGAUAUUACAUAUCAAUCUAAAAUUACUGCCACUUCCAACUUUAAGAUAAAUUACAUAGUGUCCCAAGACAAUGAGUGAUGUGGUAAGAACUAAUUCCUUAUAAGUGGUACACUAAGAUAAGUUUUUGAAAAGAUUCUAUCGACUGAAAGAAGGGGUGGUCCAUGGCAUUGAUAUUGUCUAGUCAUAGCCAGGGAGUGUGGGGGUGAACUUAACAUUAUACUUGGCCCAUUGAAAAUUUAAGAUCCAUCCCAUGAGAAUUUCUCUGUAAUAGCUACUCAGGAAUGAUUAUUGCCAAAAUAUCCAUUUUUCCAUGUCCAGAGAUAUGCACAUUCGCGAAGCCUCUUCAAAAUGUGGGGCAGAAACUCAAGGCUACAAGAAUAAAUUAGAAGGGAUGAAAUAAGUAAACUGGUAUGUAAAGGCUGGAUGACUAACACUUGUCAUGCUCUCUAUCCAAUCACGACCAAUAGUGUGAUUGAUCAGAGUUUUUCUCCUUCAAUCUCUUUUCUUUCACAUGAUAGUGUAAAAGUGGGGUGGUGGGGGGGUGGUUCUACAUGAAUGUCAACAGUUGGCAACUUGGGCCUUCUCUUGUCAUAUUUCAAUUUUUGUGAAAGAAGAUUUAUAUGUUUUUCCUUUAUGAUUACCUAAUUGCACAUGAGACCAUAUAUAUUAAAAGUGUAUUUAGAAUCUCUUCCCUCCUUGCUAUUCAGAUGUUAAGUACAUGUGACAGAGGGCCUAGUUAUUGGAGAGGAUCAAAUAGUUUUAGGUUGAUAACAAAAUGUUUCAAACUGAUGGUAGAAUUCUUUGAAACAGAAGCUAUUGGCUCUAGGUGAGUCACGACAAUUUUGGAGAAAAAAGAUGUCAGGAGGGGAAUUUCGCUUUUAGGAUUUGAGUUGGAAGACAUAAUUUUAAGUCUCUUAUUUGGACGCGCUACUAAUGGUAGGCAGCUUCCAAUGAAUUCAGUAGGUAAAGAUUAUGCAGAAAAUAGACAUCUGGAAUGAGGAAUCAAUUAGAAAUUUACAUUCAAAAGUGUUCUUGAUGAAGGAGGCUCGCCGUUAUUUGCCAUCGUGCUUUCUUAUUUAGACUUUAUUUUGUUUCGCUUUUAUGUUAGUUGAAGGCCAUUGUGCACUAAAAACAUAAACAUUACAAUAUGAUUUAUCCAAUGCGUUAACAUCUUACUCCUAGUUUACAAUAUGAAGAGGGAAACAAUCAACUUUUCUUUUGUCAUGAGCUAUAAUCAAGAUUAACAUCAGGGGUUGAUCUUCUGUUCACUCCAGGUUGUUGGAGAUUCACUUGCAUUUGCUUUGGGACUAGCAACAACAUUAGCUAUGCUUGGAAUCGCUGCUUCUUUUGCUGGUAAGGCAUAUGGACAGAUAGGGCAAGGGCUUCCCAUCGCUGCCUCUGGCUUGGCUAUUGUUAUGGGCCUCAACCUUUUAGAGGUAUUUUUCUCCUUCAUUCUCAGUUAAUUGAAUGAGAUAAUAUUUUCCCAGCGAGUAUUAUGAAUGACCUUCUUGAAAUCGUGUUUUGUUCUUAAAAAGUUUGUUUCUUAGGUGACUGAUUUGAGCUACUUAGGAGAUAUCUUGAGUCCAACCGAGGAUAAUGUCCCCAAGCUAGGUCAGGAUUUCAAGAAGAUGAUGACGAAGGAUACACAAUAUCUAGUUUUAUGAGUACUUUCUGGCAUAAAAUAUAGGAAAUGACUGAUUUUAGUUUCGUAUGAAUACAAACUAGACUUCUACCAAUCUACAGAUCCUCAGUGAUCUUCCCAGAUCAAUAGUCCUUUUAAUGUGCACGUGCCAUCAUGAUGACCUUCCAAAUCAAUGCUGUCAAUUAUUUCAGCAUUGAUAUCUGGGGUUCUACGUGCUGCGGCAAGAUCAACAUUGACAUAUCUGGGAUUCUACGUCCUGUAGUCUAGUUGCAUUGUUUUGCUCAGGAGGUCUUUCUUUUCUCUUCUGGGUCUCCAUUUAAUGCUAUGGACUUUCUGCCCAAAGCAGAAACACUCUUUACAAAAAGCUGUCGGUAUGGCAUUUCAUGAGUUAAGUAAAAUGGUGAAGGUUUUCUAAUAUAGUUUCCCUCUGGAAAACUUGAUCUGUACAAAGAGAGAAAGGAGCUCAUUCGAUUCUGCAAUCAUGCAUUUUGAACCUUCGUCAUCUCCCAAGUUAUCUGGAACACUCUGGAUUUCUGUCCAGCAUGAAACAUCUGUAAGGUCAACAACUCUACUGAUGAAUAGUCUGCUUUGGUUAUGCUAAUCUUAAAUGGAAUCUGGUCCCUUUUUUCCACUCUAUAGUUAAAGGAGUAGAUAAAGAUGCUGCUUUCCAAUACAUCAAAUCAUCUGACGAUUCACAAGCCAUGAAUAAACACAGGGAGAUCCCUGAAAGCAGAAUUAGGCUCUUCUGUUUUCACAUGCCAAUCAUGGUACCAUGUUUUACUCUCUGCAUUUGAAGUCAGAGUCUAUGAACGAUCAGAGACAACUAUCCCAUAAAAAAUUUAGAAAAUAAAGUUUUCCCAAAAACUCCCUUGCAGGAUUAUUUGAUUUUCCUUUAAAACCAGCAUAUCAAAGCCUCAGCCUGUUCAAAUACCAUUAUCAUCCUUGUGAUCCACUUCUUACGCUUCUCUCUUUGAUGCAUAACAUACAUUGUCAGUUUCUGUUUGAUAGAUUUAUGCUCUGUUAGCAAGGUAAUUCACUGCCCAAUGACCUCAACAAUCUACCACGGAAAAGGCCUCAGAUUCAACAUAUCAAGUUUUCAAACUUGCCUCUGUUCAAAUUUGUUUGUUUUUCAUUAGAUCUGAAUUGUCCAAAAAAGGAAUUGCGCAUCCCACCUUACCACUUGAGUGGACACGUGUGAUAGACAGCGAAAACCAAGAUACAUAUAUCAUAUUUCUCAAGGAAAAGUACAAUCCUGACUCAUGAGAGUAUCACUAUGAUGAGUUAUUCAUCAACAGGAUUACAUAAUUCCUGCGCUUGACAUCCCAGUGCUAUGUGAAUGAGGGAUGUCACGAGUUUCAACCUUAUUUCAUGAGGUGCUUUAAAAGCAUGGUACAAAUUAUGUCUUUUGGCCAUCUUGCGACUGUCCCCCACAGUUAUUAUCGUGUUAUGGUCUCUUCUUUCGCCUUAAUAAUUUUUCUUCUGAAAUCUGCUGAAGGAUAUCCUCUUCAUUUGCAUAUAUGUGGUGCUGGGAUUCAGCGCUGUGCUUGUUGGAUGAUGAGUUUUAUCUGAUUAGAGGAAAAGACUGUCUUUAAUAUGCAUCCUUAUUUGAAAUUAUUCUGCUCGCCUUGUGGAGUUCUGUAUGCCUUAUCCUUCCUUCCCGACAUGGCAGGUACUUGAAUUGCAGCUUCCAUCUUUCUUUGAUAAUUUUGAUGCUCGUGCUGCUGCAGCAAAUCUUCCUUCAAGUAAUUCUCUUCCCUUCAUCUCUUAUAUUCCCUCUGUUUUUUCUUAUUCAAAUUGCCGAUAACAAAGUACAUAUGCUGACCGUGCUUAUAUGACUCUCUUCUUUUGUGGCCGAAUGCUUAGGCGUGCAAGCAUACCUCGCUGGGCUGACAUUUGCUUUAGCUGCAUCCCCUUGUAGCACGCCUGUACUUGCCACAAUCCUUGGAUAUGUGGCAUCAACGAGGGUAUCCCUUUUUUCUUAUAGUUUCUAUAUCUGAUGCUCUGGGUUCUUAAUCGAGCAAAUUUUACCAUAAACCUAUAUAGAUUUUGUGUGGAUGCGAAUGAAGUUCAAGACUAGAUGAAAAAUAUGUGAAUACCUUGUGGGACCCUUGGGGCUGCUAGAGUGAUCCCCAUUGAAUGAGACAAUUGCACCCUGCUCGUCACUUAAUUUUGAGUAGGACAGCUCAAAAUCUUUCACAUGAUUUCGGUUUCUUAAAGGUUCAUCCUGAGUUGGGUUGUCCCCAGUCUGUCUGUUUGAUAAUUAAAUAUUUUAUCCAAAACAUAUGGGCCUCCUUUUACUCUCGAUUGAUUUUGAGUUGGUGUGCCUUGGACUUGAUGUCCUUGGAUGUGUUGAGUUCAAUUGCCGAAAAAAUCUAGUUGUCAAGGAAAAUAGCAAUAGAGAACGAUAUGGUUCUUUCUCUUAUGUCCUCGUGUAUAAAAUUAUAUUAUACUUCGCCGUAAAACCCCUAGAGAGAAACUUUCAGUUUUUCCCAAUGUUCCUGUAUUUUCCAGUCAUCAACAAGGAUUCGUUGAUUCUCUUAUUGGGAUUUAUCUCUGUUUUUAUUUAUCUUAAUUGGAUUGUUCUGGCCAAGGUAACUCAUUGAUCUUCCAUUUCCCCAACUGUAUGGGCUGACCUUCUGUUGGGUUCAUCACCAGAAUCCUUUCAUCGGGGGAAGUCUUCUUUUGUCAUAUACGACUGGCUACGUUGCUCCCCUUCUCAUUGCAGCUUCCUUUGCCGGUGCAUUGCAGGUUCGUAGCCGCCCCUCAAUUUUAUGAUACACUGAAAUGCUUGAAACAUUUUAAAAAUCAGUAGAUUAUUUUAAAAUUCUUUGAAACACAUCUAUUUCAUAAUUGAAAGUGGUUUAAACUCUUCUUACUCAACGAUUCUUCUUUUAUAUUGAUGAUGCACAGGCAUAAAUGUCACCGACUGAAAAUGAUUAAAAUCCUUUUAAUCAAUAGUUUAAAAUUUCUGGGAUCUUAGAUUACUGUUAUGGUUGAAAUUGAUCAAGUUUUCUAUAAGUAGUAAUUCUUUUUACAAUGAAUAAAAACAAGAAAAUAUGAAUAAAUUUAAAAUUUUCGAAACAGCAAUUUUGAUGGUUAAACGCAAUUUAAAUUUUCCUGUAGAUAGUAAUUCCUUUUAUAGUGAAGAUAUUUUAGAAUGAACAUAAUAAAAUAUUAUGGACCGAAAUGAUUGGAUUUUCUUCAUGAAUAGUUUUCUUUUUAAGUUGGUGAAAUAAUAUCAAUUUUGUCAGCAAAAAAUAAUGGCACAUUAUUUAGUUAUUUUUGUAAUUAUUUGCAGAGUUUGCUCUCAUUUCGGAAAUACUCAGCAUGGAUAAACCCUGUGAGGUACGUUCAAUGGUGCCCCACCCAUAUCCUUUGUUUAUUUAUUUAUUAUUAUUUAUUUAUUUUUAACAUUACACUUGUAAUUGAUCGCAUGGGGUCAAACCCCUCUUUGCAGUGGUGCUCUUCUACUCGGAGGAGGGAUAUACACAUUACUAGAUAGAGUAUUCCCUCCUACUUCAAUGGUGAUGUAA